CUGAAUCCUGGGAGUUGUAGUUCCUGACGUGAGCGGAACACGGCCGGGACUGUGAACUACAACUCUCGGCAUGCACAGCGCUCGGGGUCGUUGCUGAGGAAGUGGAGCGUGACUGACCGUUGCGGUGUUUUCAGGCCGGUCAAUAACUCUCCGGUUCGGUGUCUCUAGGCCGGUCAAUAACUCCCUGGUUCUGCUUCUACGAUCUCGGGUUGCUUUUGGAUGUAAUGCGAUGUGUAGGUUUCCCCUGGGCCGGGCUUUGGCUUUUAAUAGCAUACUCCAUUAUUGUCAGACAACUUGCCAGGCAAGAUCGUUGUUAUUUCUGUUUGCCUCAAGUACCCAGAAAAAGUUCGCUACUUUUGGUUGGCCGCUCAAGACUUGUGCUGCACAAUAUCUUCAAGCAACAAAGUUUCAUCUUAAAGCAUAUGAAAGAUGUGUUAUGUCACAAGUACAGAUUCAACACAGGCAAAUGUCUGUAAAUGUGCAGGAACACGGGAUGGAGCCAAAGCCCAAAUUUCCAGACAAUGAACACUUCACAAUGAUAUAUAGGUUUCAUGGAAUAAGAUUCUUGAGAGCUGUUUCAAAGCUAAAAGUACUGCAGACUGGCAUAACUGUUGCUCUUGUACCUACGUUUUAUUAUUUUUACCUGCAGGAACAAGUACAAAAUACUCUCCUUACUUAUAUUACUGGAUUAUCAGGUUUUGCCGUCGUCAUGCUUUAUUUCAUGAGUUACUAUUUAAGACGAUUCAUAGGGAUGCUGUACAUAAAUGACUCUGGAACCACUUUGAAGGUUUCACAUUUGACUUUUUGGGGAAGGAGAAAUGAUUUUUAUGUCUCUGUUGAAGAUGUCAUGCCUCUUGGAGACACAGGGGACACAGCAAAUGAAAUUAUUCUGCAGUUUAAACAAUAUAAUAAAACUGAGGUUUUCUAUUUCACGGUUAAGUUUGGGCAGGUAGUUGAUAAGCAAAAAUUCCUACAAGUGUUUGGUAAUAUUCAUUAAAUUUUACUCACUAGCAUCCUGAUGUAAUUUGUAACAUUUUGUUGGAUGAAUUUAACAUUUGCUUAAAUGUUGAAAUAAACUAAGCCAUGGUGAAAUCAGGCAGAUAACGUUCUUAAAUAUUUAGAUCCACAAUUUCUUGCAGUAUAAAUGCAAACCUCAUUGGCAUUAUGACCCAUGUAUCUCCUAAUCCAGUUACUGGAGUUAACCUUUUUGAGAUGCCAACUGUUGUGGUACAAGCUUUCUCUCCCUAUCCUUGGAUUUGUGGUGGAGGUAGUUUCUGUAGGUGGAUAACAGCAGCCUGAAUUUAUAAAGCACUUUUAGUAUUGCGAGACUUCCUCAGAUUCCAAUGCCAAGAGACAGUGUGUUACAACUGUCUGCCUUUGUAUAGAGUAUCUCCGUGACCUCCCAUAUUCAGUAGUCAUGCAAGAUUUUGGGCAGUAUAGUGGCUCAUUGGUAAGCACUGCUGCCUCACAGGGCCAGGGAUUUGAGUUUGAUUCCACAUCCAGGCAACACUGCAGACUCCACACAGACAUUCUCCCCUUGUCUACGUGGGUUUCCUCUGGUCUCCUCCCACAGUCCAAAGAUGUGCAGGUUAGGUGGGUUAGCCAUGGUAAAU